CCACAGCCUCCCGGGCUCCGCGUAGGUCCGGUCCCGCCCCCGUCGCCCGUCUCCCAGGCAACGCGCAGCGCUCACCUCACAGCGUCUGUCCAGCGACUCUCUCCGCGUCCGCGCACGCGCACCAACCAUGGCUCGGGGUCCUGCUCCUAUUCCCGAGUCGUACUCGAGCGAAGAAUACGCAACUCCCCAGCAGCCCAGGCCGUGGGCCACGUGGAACCUGGGCUCGCCCACCGCUCAGGCGGCCGCUGUCCAGGCGACCACCAGUUCCGGCGCCACCCCGAGCCGGGCCUUCUGGCGCGGUGGGCUCAGCAGCCGUCCCAGAAUCGACGCAGGCACCUCGCCGCAGGUCUGCUUUCUGCGGCCGCGAACCGCGCAGCCGCCGGUGCUCUUCAGCUUAAUGAAUUCCAAUGAAGCCGCGAUGAAAAAAUUUUUGCCCAAGAGCAACUUAUCUCGGGUGAUUAUUCGGGACAAUCUCAGUGCACAACGAAUCUGUGCGAUGGAGAUAAGAGCUUCAGACAAGACCAAGAAAAAGAUGAGCCAGUUGUAUGACCACCUGAAAAAAAAGUUCAUGACAGACCAGCUCAGAAAGCUGGGGCGCUGGAAACAGGAAUCUGUGAACCUCCAGCAGUGCCUGGACAACAUGCGAGUGUACAAGGUCUAGCUCCAGCUCCAACUCCGUCCUGACAAGAAAAGCCAGCCGCCCUAGUCACAUGGCAGAAUGAUCUGCCGCAGGGCUAUGAUGACAUCAGGCUGACAGGAGGGAAAGAGGGAGCGAGCUAGCCAGCCCAACCGUGGUGGAACAACAAUAAACUGCAACAGCAAACAGUGUAGCACAAACCCCUCAGCAAUUCUCAUAUUCCUUGCCUGGCCCUGCCCCCUCUGUUCUGGUGGGGGGACCCUGAUAGUCCCUAGCUGCCUGAGGAGGAGGCCGAAUCAAGCCAGUUUCCAGUGGGUAAGGCAAAGAUCGACCUUUAGUAGCCAUGUGUCUGAGGUGUCCAGGUGUGCUGGGACAGGGCACCUUAGAUGACAGGGGCUUGGAAAUACCACUGCCUGGCAUUCCAGUGGUAAGGUCAGGUUGGGGCAUCAGACAGACCUCCAACAAGUGCCAUUUCUGCCAUCUGUCUGCUCUGUGACUUUGCAACCUCUUUGAUCCUGUUUCCUUAUCUGAAAGAAUAGGGUAAUAGUGAGGGAAUCUACUUGCAAGAGCUGGUGUGAGGAUGUGGAGUGCUUGGCCCAGGGCCUGCGUUCCAGUGGCUGUCAUCACCAGGGCUCCCAUUGGCUUGCCUUGCCAGGCCACUCCCUGGUUGUCCUGCUGCCUGACUGUAGCCCUAACCCUGGCAGUCCCCAUGUUGUGGCGUUUAUUGUGCAGGCCCGUCAUCUGGAAUGCUCCUGCAGCCCCCAGGGCUCUCAGGAAACUCUUUGCCCACCUGUUAAGGCCACUUCCUGCAAAGCUUUUCUGACCUUCCACUCCUUUCCCCACCCUGCCUAAGCCACAUGGGUUCCCUGCGCCCCCUGAAUUUGGAAUACCUGGGGUGGCUUCAUUCUGCCUUGUAUAGUAGCUGUGUGGGUAUUUGUUCUAACCCCUGAUGAAUUGUACAGUCUUCUGAGAGCAAGGACAAAGGAUCCCCCAAAAUUCAGUUCAACCUCUUCUGUGACACCACCCCCCCGACACUAGCCCCAAUACAGAAGGCCACGCCUUCCUGUGCCCACACCUCUGUCUGCAGCAAGUGUGUGGCUGGCCGUUUCUUGUUUGCUCACUGUCUCCCUUACCAGCUUUUGAACGUCUCAAUGGCAGGGCAGCAAUGCCGAGUCGUUCAUCUUUGUAAUCACAUUACCCAGUAAGUGAGGGUAGUCCUUCGGUAUUUUUGAGUAAAUGACUGUAUUCCUCUUUGUA